CCGUCCCCGUGCGGGCACUGCGGGGCCGCCGCCGCUCCGUACACCUGCCCCCGCUGCAACCGCCGCCUCUGCUCCCUCGGCUGCUACCGGGGCCACGGGGCCUGCGCCGAGGCUUUUUACCGGGAGCAGGUGCUGCAGGCCCUGGCCGCCGAGCGCGGGGCCCCUCCGGACCGAGGCCGGCUGCGGGCCGCCCUGGGUCGGCCGCGGGAGCUACGCGAGGCCGGGGAUCCGCAGGCCGCGCUAGGCCGCGGGCUGUGGGGGAGGCUGAGCCCGGCCGAGCGGGCCGAGUUCGGGAGGCUGGUGCGGAGCGGGGAGGCGCUGCGGCUCCUGCCCCCCUGGAGGCCCUGGUGGUGGCGGAGGGGGCGGCCGGAGAGGCUGGUGGAGGAGCUGGGGGAGGGCGAGCUGAAAAAGGCCCGGGGAGAGGACGAAGAGGGCAUGGGGGAGGCCAAAAAGGUGCAAAGAGCGGAUGGGAAGGACGAGGGAGAGCACGAGGAGGACGAGAGGGACGUGGAGGACAGCGAGGAAGCCCCCCAGGAGGCCAGGAGGGACCCCCGGGGCGCCAGGAGGGACCCCCGGGGCGCCAACGAGGACGAGGACAACGGAGACGAGGAGGACCCCGGGGGCACGGAGCCCCACCAGGACCCCCCGGAGGAGGAGGAGGAGGAGGAUGCCGAAGGCCUGGCCCCCAUGCCGCCCCUCCCCAGCGCCGUGCCCCCCCUGCGCUCCCUCGGCGCCGCGCCGCCCUCGCCGCUGCUGCGCUUCCAGCUGCCCAACGUCCUCUACGGCUACGCCUUCGCCCUCAGCCUCCACCGCGGCGACCAGGCCCUGCUCCCCGAGAUGGCCGCCGCCGCCCUGGCCUCGUCCGCCGGCCUCCGCCUCCGCCGCCCCUUCUCGUCCACCGCCGAAGCCCUCCACGACGCCCGGCACGAGGCCGAGGCCGCCGGCUACCCGCCGUGCCCCCUGGGCAGCGCCGGCGUCCUGCUGGCCGUGGCUCAGCUCCUGCGGGGCCGCAGCCGGCGGCGGCCCUCCGAGGACACCGAGGCGGCCCUGCACCACCUGGGGAGGCUGCUGGGGGCGGCGCGGAGGAGGCUGCGGGGCGAGGAAGAGGAGCGAGGCCGCCUGGGGAGGGCGAGGAAGAAGUGCCUCUACCUGCUGGCCUGGAGCCGGGAGCACGGCGCCCAGCUGGCGGCCACGGCCCGCGAGGCCGCCCGGGUCUACGCCGAGGCGGCGGCCGCCGAGGCCGAGGUGGAGGCCGCCAGGAGGAGGCUGGAGGAGAGCUGGGGGGGCUCCCGGCCUCCCCCGGGGAGGGGGGCGAUGGUGGAGGAGCUGCCGUGA